GCCUUAAAACAUUGGUUUUAUGGAAAAUGUGCACUCACCCAGCGGACUCGGACCCAUCACUGUAGCUCAGCUGACAUUUCAAGCGAAGGCUGUAAACCCUAGAGCGCAAAUUGUUGAUCCGCGUAAGGAUAAGCAGGAGAGGAGGAAGAUACCGAUCAGAUCGAAUCGAAUCAAAAAAUGGCGAUGGCUGCAUUGAGGCGUGAGGGAAGGCGUUUCGCCACACCUCUCAUUUCUCCCAACCCGACCAAUGCUCUUCGUUCUUCCCUAAUUCCUUCCCAGGAACCAGUCUCGUCAGGAGUUCGAUGUAUUUCAACUCAAGUUGUCAGAAACCGGAUGAAGAGUGUUAAAAAUAUCCAGAAGAUUACAAAGGCUAUGAAGAUGGUUGCUGCUUCAAAGCUGAGAGCUAUUCAAACUAAAACUGAAAAUUCACGUGGCCUAUGGCAGCCAUUUACUGCUCUUCUUGGUGACACUCCUAGUGUUGAUGUCAAGAAGAAUGUUAUAGUUACCAUUUCCUCAGACAAAGGUCUUUGUGGUGGAAUCAAUUCUACAUCUGUCAAGAUAAGCAGGGCUAUUCAUAAGUUGAAUUCUGGCCCUGAAAAGGAAAAUAAGUAUGUUGUCUUGGGGGAAAAGGCUAAGGCUCAGCUGUUGCGAGAUUCGAAGAAGGACAUCGAGCUGAUCAUGACUGAGUUGCAGAAAAAUCCCCUUAACUACACACAGGUUUCUGUGAUUGCAGAUGACAUCUUGAAGAAUGUAGAAUUUGAUGCACUGAGGAUUGUUUAUAAUAAGUUCCAGUCAGUUGUCGCAUUUUUGCCAACAAUGUCCACUGUACUAUCUCCAGAGGUUGUGGAGAGGGAGGCUGAAGCUGGUGGAAAGCUUGGAGAGUUGGAUUCAUAUGAAGUUGAAGGUGCCGAGACAAAGGCUGAAGUUCUUCAGAACCUAGCUGAAUUUCAGUUUUCAUGUGUUAUGUUCAAUGCAGUUCUAGAGAACGCUUGUAGUGAGCAAGGAGCAAGAAUGUCUGCCAUGGAUAGCUCCAGCAGAAAUGCUGGUGACAUGCUUGAUCGUCUCACUCUUACUUACAACAGAACCCGUCAAGCAUCUAUCACCACAGAACUGAUAGAGAUCAUAUCAGGAGCAUCAGCACUGGAGGGUUAAUUGGACCAGCUAUUGCUUCUGUCUGAUGGAGACAAUAAAAAAUCUAUAGCCUUUUUUAGCACCGUGAGGUGGAUGAUUAUCAGUUUUGAUUUAUGAAUAAUCUCCCGGUUAACUUUUAUUUCUGGGGAAAAUCGGUUUCACUGUUGCAAAAUAGUCACAAAUGUCAUGAUCUGUUUCCUUUUAUUCUUUGUACCGGGUGGCACAGCCUGAAUUGCCAUAACUUGGUCAAGAAAAUUUUCUUGAAAAGCUCUUUGCCUUGGUGCAUGUUUUUGGCUUGUAAGUUGACAUCUGCCCUUUCAUCAAGUUUCUACUUUGUGAGCUAUUCUGGUCCAGUGUAAGGACUUUGUGACUGUUUUUAAAUGUAAUCUGGUUCUAUCAGCCUCAAAAUGGGCUAUGGAACAUUUACAGCCAUACAGUUAAAUGAUAUAAUAAUAUUGCUUCAAAUGUUAUGAUGUA